GUGGUGGUCCUUACCAGCUCUCCUUUGGAGGACCAGCUGAAGGUGGGUGAGUUCUGUCACAGGCAUGGAAUCAAGCUGGUGGUAGCAGACACUCGAGGUCUACUUGGGCAAUUGUUCUGUGACUUUGGAGAGGAAAUGAUCCUCACAGAUUCCAAUGGGGAACAGCCUCUUACUGCUAUGGUUUCUAUGGUUACCAAGGGCAACCCUGGUAUUGUCACUUGCCUGGAUGAAUCCCAACACGGAUUUGAGAGUGGUGACUUUGUCUCCUUUACAGAAGUUCAGGGCAUGAAUGAACUCAAUGGCAUCUGUCCACUAGAGAUCAAAGUCCUGGGUCCCUACACCUUUUGUAUCUGUGAUACCUCAAAUUUCUCUGAUUAUAUCCAUGGAGGCAUUGUCAGUCAGGUCAAAAUAGCUAAGAAGAUCAGCUUUAAAUCCUUGCUCAACUCACUGGCAGAGUCAGACUUUGUGAUAACAGAUUUUGCCAAGUAUUCUCGCUCUGCUCAACUGCACAUUGGUUUCCAGGCCUUGCACCAGUUCUGUGCUCAGCAUGGCAGGUCCCCUCAGCCCCACAGUGAGGUGGGUGCAGGGGCCAUUGGCUGUGAACUGAUCAAAAACUUUGCCAUGAUUGGGCUAGGUUGUGGGGAUGGUGGGUCAAUCACGGUAACAGACAUGGACAUCAUCGAGAAGUCAAAUCUGAACCGACAGUUUCUGUUCCGUCCUUGGGAUGUCACGAAGUCGAAGUCUGAUACAGCUGCUGCAGCUAUGAGCCAAAUAAAUCCACACAUCCGGGUCAUAAGCCAUCAGAACCGUGUGGGUCCUGAGACAGAGCAUGUGUAUGAUGACGACUUCUUUCAAAACGUGGAUGGUGUGGCCAAUGCCCUGGACAAUGUGGAUGCCCGCAUGUACAUGGACCGCCGUUGUGUUUACUACCAUAAGCCACUUCUGGAGUCAGGAACACUGGGAACCAAGGGUAAUGUACAAGUGGUUAUCCCCUUCCUGACAGAGUCAUACAGCUCCAGCCAGGACCCUCCUGAGAAGUCCAUCCCCAUCUGCACGCUGAAGAACUUCCCGAAUGCCAUCGAGCACAGGUUGCAGUGGGCUCGGGAUGAGUUUGAAGGCCUUUUCAAGCAGCCAGCAGAAAAUGUCAACAAAUACCUUACAGACGCCAAGUUUGUGGAACGAACGCUGUGCCUGGCAGGCACCCAGCCUCUGCAGGUGCUGGAGGGCGUGCAGCGCAGCUUAAGGCUGCAGUGGCCACAAUCAUGGGCUGACUGUGUGACCUGGGCGUACUAUCACUGGCAUACCCAGUACUCCAACAACAUCAGACAGCUGCUGCACAACUUUCCUCCUAACCAGCUUACAGGUUCAGGAGCCCUUUUCUGGUCUGGGCCUAAACAUUGCCCACACCCGCUUAUCUUUGAUGUCAACAAUCCCCUGCAUCUGGCCUACGUGAUAGCUGCUGCCAACCUGUUUGCCCAGACCUAUGGGAUGAUGGGCUCUCAGGACCAGAGUGCUGUCACCAAACUCAUUCAGUCUAUGCAGGUCCCUGAGUUCACCCUGAAGUCUGGCGUCAGGAUCCAAGUUUCUGACCAGGAGCUGCAAACCAGUUCCUCUGUUGAUGAUAACCGCCUACAGGAGCUCAAGGCCAUGCUGCCCACCCCAGAGAGCCUUUCUGGGUUCAAGAUGUACCCCAUCAACUUUGAGAAGGAUGACACCAACUUCCACAUGGAUUUCAUUGUGGCUGCAUCCAAUCUCCGGGCAGAGAACUAUAACAUUCCCCUCGCAGACCGGCAUAAGAGCAAGCUGAUUGCAGGGAAGAUCAUCCCAGCCAUUGCUACAACCACAGCAGCUGUAGUUGGCCUUGUUUGUCUGGAGCUGUACAAAGUGGUACAGGGACACCAACAGCUUGAGUCCUAUAAGAAUAGCUUCAUCAACUUGGCCCUGCCCUUUUUCUGCUUCUCUGGGCCCCUUGCCCCACCCCGUCACCAGUUUUAUAACCAAGAGUGGACACUUUGGGAUCGCUUUGAGGUCCAGGGGCUGCAGCCUAAUGGUAAAGAGAUGACCCUCAAGCAGUUCCUUGACCACUUUAAGUCAGAGCGCAAAUUGGAGAUCACCAUGCUGUCCCAAGGUGUAUCCAUGCUCUACUCCUUUUUCAUGCCACCCAGCAAGCUGAAGGAACGGAUGAAUCAAUCGAUGACAGAAAUUGUCAGUCGAGUAUCAAAGCGAAAGCUGGGACACCACGUGCAAGCAUUGGUGCUUGAGCUGCGCUGCAAUGAUGAGGAUGGCGAAGAUGUGGAGGUUGCUUAUGUACGAUACACCAUUCACUAA